UUAAAUCAAUCCAAUUGUUUAACCUUCUAAACGAGUGUUAGUUUUGACUAAAUUAUCCCUUUGUUGAUUCAUUGGUUUCUUUUGUUAGUAAAUUGUGUUGACAGUUACUAAUUGUAUCUAUUAAAUUGUUUAUCCAGCUAAUUAAAUAAAUCUGAGGAUUAGAGGAGAAUCCAAGUUUAUAGUAUGGCCAAAUUAACCAACAAUCAAUUGAAUGAUUUCAAAAUAUUCACUAAUCAUCUUCGUUUUGUUGAACCAUCUGAAUGUGAUUGAUUGCCAAUGAAUUAUUUAAUAACAAUGUAAUUGUUUAUCAUUGAGAGACAAUCAAAUGUUUUAAUCGUGGUGACAGAUUAGAAAUGAUUAGUUUUAUUCAAUUUUAUUGAAUCAACUCUCAAUGACAAUCAAUCAGUCUGUUGAAUCUUAAUUCGAAUCAUCAAUUGCCUGGAAAAACAUUAACAGACCCACUUGAAUAUCCGAUAAUCAUCAUUGAUUAAUUUAAUCUAAUCAACGGUCUUACAUUAAAAAUAAAGACUAAAUCAAAAUUAUCUCAACUAAUCAAGCUAAUUAAUCAGUUAACCGAUAUGAGAGUAUAAAAAAUAGUCAUUAAGAAACCAUUCACAUUGAACAUUUAAUUGUUUUUUCUGGAAAAUUGAUUCUGUAAAUAUGGUUUUAAUUGCGACAACAAGACGAUUGUUAAAAUACAAUUUCAACAAAUCAUUUCGAAGUCUUUCAUACCUGAUAUCCGACCCAAAGUACAGUUUUCUGAAAAAUCUUGGAUUAGAUGAGCAAAAUUUAGGUGUUUAUAAUGGUGAAUGGUUUGGACAUGGAAAGAUUAUCAACUCAAUUUGUCCUGCCAAUGGUCAACCAAUCGCCUCUGUGGUAACGGGAGAUGUUGAUGAUUACGAGAAAACCGUUAGGACAACUUAUGAUUCUUGGAGUCAAUGGGCUGAGAUUCCAGCGCCUAAACGAGGUGAAAUCGUCCGUUUGAUUGGAAAUGCAUUGAGAGAGAAAAAAAGUGACCUUGGUCAGUUGGUUUCUCUCGAAAUGGGAAAAAUUUCCGCCGAAGGUGAAGGCGAAGUCCAGGAAUACAUCGAUAUCUGUGAUUAUGCCGUUGGUUUAUCUCGAAUGUUUGAAGGUAAAAUAAUCCCGUCAGAGCGACCUGGUCACAUGUUACUCGAAACUUGGAAUCCAUUGGGAGCCAUUGGCAUAAUAACGGCCUUUAACUUUCCCGUUGCUGUCUACGGUUGGAACAACGCACUUUCCCUGGUCUGUGGUAAUUCAAUGGUCUGGAAAUCGGCACCGACAACACCUUUGUCAUCGAUUGCAGUCAUUAAAAUCGUUUCUUCGGUUCUUAAGAAAAAUAAUUUACCAGGUUCCAUUUGUUCAUUAAUUUGUGGCGAUUGGCAAAUAGGCGAUGCGAUGGCUCGGGACAAACGUUUACCUCUGGUUUCGUUCACUGGAAGUACUUCUGUUGGAAUGGAAGUUGCAACGAAUGUACAAAAGCGAUUCGGUCGAUCACUUCUCGAACUUGGUGGUAACAACGCAAUAAUCGCAUGUGAAGAUGCUGAUGUUGAAAUGUUGGUUCGAUCUGCGGUGUUUGCCUGCGUUGGUACCGCUGGACAAAGAUGUACAACAACCCGACGAUUGAUUGUUCACUCGUCAAUUGUUAAUCGAGUUGUUGAUCGAUUAGUUAAAGCCUAUUCUCAGGUUCGCAUUGGGUCACCUUUAGAUUCGGGUACAUUGUGUGGACCACUUCAUUCGGAAUCGGCGGUAAACACUUUCCUCGAUACAAUCGCAGAAAUCAAACGUUUAGGUGGAAACAUUAUCACCGGUGGCAAGAAAAUUGACCUUGAUGGUGGAUUCUUUGUUGAACCAACAAUCGUAACCGAUAUUGACCAUAAAUCACCAAUUGUCCAGCGGGAAACUUUCGCACCAAUAGUCUACAUUUUACCUUUUGAUUCUUUCGAGGAAGCGGUUACAAUUAACAACGAAGUUGAUCAAGGACUAUCUAGUUCAUUGUUCACCCAAACUCUUAACAACAUCUUCCGUUGGAUUGGACCUAAAGGAUCAGAUUGUGGCAUCGUUAACGUUAAUAUACCGACAAGUGGAGCGGAAAUUGGAGGUGCUUUUGGCGGAGAAAAGGCAACCGGCGGUGGACGAGAAUCCGGAAGUGACUCAUGGAAACAAUAUAUGCGUCGAUCGACCUGUACAAUCAAUUAUAGCCGAGAAUUACCUUUAUCACAAGGAAUUAAGUUUGAAUAAAAAGAUGAAUCAAAUUAAA